CAACUAAAUAAAAAUAUUUAAAUUAUCUUUAAAAUAGUUUAUGGGUAUAAUAAUCCAUAGUUUAUUGUUUUUUAUUUUUAUUAAAAAUGUUAAAAGGUUUAAAUAAAAUAAAAAUAAAAAAUGGUUAUAAUAAAUCAUUAGUUUUAAAUAUCGGUUAUUUUUCAACAAACAACAAUAAUCUAAAUAAUAAUAGUAAUAAUAGUAAUAAUAGUAAUGAUAAUAAUAGUAAUCCAAAAUUCAAAAUAAAAAUCAGCGGUUUAAAAUCUUUAAAUAUAUCAAAACAAGAGUCAUUAAAAAAUACCAAUAAUAAUAAUAAUAAUAAUAGUAUUUCAUCACCCAUUGAAGAUUCUAAAGAACCAGAAAUAAAAUCAACAAAUGAAAAUAUUACUGCACCACCCUCAGUACCAUUUAGAUUGAAAGAGUUUAAAGAAAAAGAAGAACCAAGAUCACCCUUUAGUAAAUUAAUAAAUCCAUUAAAAAAGGUCAAAGAACUCGAAAAAGGAGCUGUAAAGAGUCCGGAAAUAAUAAAAGAUAGCAAAAACCAAGAAAGAGAUUCAGCACCAAGGAUUAGGGAUGAUGAAACUUUAAUAUCAGAACUCAAAAGAAAAGUUUUAAUUAAGGUGAAAACAGAGUUAAAUAAAACCGAAUCAGAUAAACCUAAACCAAUUGAGGAGAUGUCGGAAGAAUUAAUUUUACAGUAUCUUAGACAUAAAAGUAAAGAGUAUAGGGUCGCUGGUGAAGAGGUAAACUUAAAAGACUGUCCAUUUUGUGUCAAUGUUCAAGAAAAACUCGAUAAUAUGUGGAAAUUAUAUAUUCAUUCACACACUGGUCUAUUCUUUUGCCAUAGAUGCUCAACUAAAGGAAAUUGGAAUCAUUUAAGAUUAGCAUUUGGCGAUUUGAAACAAAAUUUUAGACAGGCAUUUCAACCUGCCCCAGUUAAUAAAGCUCCACCUCCACCACCAAUAAAAUCAAUGCUUGAGCAUAUUAGUGAAGUACCAAAAGAUGUUUUAGAAAAAAUAGAAACCUAUUCAAAACAAUUGGAUAAAUUUCCAAAGGUUUUACAGAAGCUUACAGGAACAGGUCCAGGAGAACGUGGUAUAAAGAAAGAAGUAUUGGAAUAUUAUUUAGUCGGUGCAACUAAUUCAAAAUUUAAAUCUACAAAUUGGGACUCAUAUGAAUGUGUAACUUUUCCAUGGACUGCAGUUGAUGAGCAGGGUAAAAUUAUUCAGUAUCGUUGUAAAUUAAGAGCUAUUGAAUCUAAAGUCCAUCAAAGACUAGAGCCAGCUGGCAGCAGAUGGGGUUUCUUUGGUUGGCACACCAUCCCAAACGAUUGUAAACUUAUAGUAAUAACCGAAGGCGAAUAUGAUGCUAUGGCAGUUUAUCAAGAAACAGGUUUACCAACCAUCUCUUUACCAAAUGGAUUCGCAAGUUUCCCACAAGUUAUGAUUCCAUUAUUCGAUCGAUUUGAAAAGAUUAUACUGUGGAUGGAUGAUGAUUUAAUGGGAAGAGCAGGUGCAGCCAAUUUUUCAGAUUUAUUAGGUUCACAAAAAACCCAUGUAAUUUUCACUAAACAAGGUCAAAUCAAUGGUCCAAAAGAUGCAAAUGAUGCUUUAUUAAUGGGUAAAGAUUUUAAAGAAAUCAUUGCAAGUGCAAAACCAAUUCAUAAGUUUAUAACAGAUUAUAUGCAAGAAAGACCAGAGAUAGCUAAAGAAUUUGAAUUUUUUAAACCAAUUCCAGAAACAUAUACAAAUCAAUUAUUACCAACACUUUACAAAUUAUUAUUACCACCAGCAACAACAGGCAGAUUAAAUUUCUUUUUAGGAUUAAGGGUCAGCGUAUUAGUGUCACAGUUUGCAUUACACAAUGCAGUUACCAACAAUAUAAGCACUCUUUAUGUCACUGGUGAUCAUUUAUUUAAACCAAAACAAUUUAUGGUCAAAAUGGUGACCCAAUAUUUAAAUUUAAAUGGUAAAGAGAAUGUUGACGAGUUUGCUAAAGUACCAAUCCAUUUUUCUGUAUCAGAUAAAGAAGGUUUUAAAGAAAUCCUCCAAACAAUGGCACUCGCAAUACUCCAGUAUAACGUCAAGCAUAUUGUUUUAGAUAAUGUAGCCGAAAAUCAAUAUCAAGUAGCACCAUUUGUAAAAAUAGUUAAAAAGUUUUUAAAUAAUUAUAAAGAUGAUAUCAACAUUACCAUGGUUCAAUCUUUUCUUAUCGAUCGUCCAACAAAUAAAGAGAUAUUGGAUGAUGUCGAUAAUUACUUGCAACUUUAUGAGGGCGAAAACUUUGACGAUUUGGUUUAUAAGAAAAUUCAAUAUAAAGAUAAACCCGAAUUUGAUUGUGGUGUAGCAAAUGUUUUUUACGACACAGAGCCGGGUUUAUAUCACGAAUUAAAUUAUAAAAAUAAUAGCAAAGUUAUAAAAAUAAAAUAAAGUACAUGUAUAUAUAUUUUAAAAAUAC